AUGGUGAACACGCUCAAGGGCUUCCGCAAGUGGCGGUCGCUCAAGGGCAGCGACAUGGCGGCGCUCAUCGGCAAGCGCUCCUCCGUCAUGGGCAAGUUCUGGGACGGCUGCUCCAAGGACGACGAGGACAAGCUCUACCCGUGCGUGAUCAAGGAGUACGACGACCGGAAGAAGAUCGCGCGCAUCGCGGCGCUGCAGCAGAUGGUGCGCGUCGAGAUGAUCGACGACGCGGCGGUCUACAACGAGGAGGAGGGCCUCUGGAUCGCGCUCACGAUGAUGUCCGAGUACCACGCCGCGCACCUCGCGGCCAACCCGCCGGCUCCGGCGCCCGUCGAGGAGGACUCGCAGGCGACCGAGGACGAGCCCGAGGCCGGCGAGGAGGCCCCCGUGCCUCUGACCAAGGAGGAGGUCCGGCAGAAGAAGGCGCUCGCCGCGUCGCGCAAGGCGUCCGGCUUCCGCGUGUGCUUCACGGCGCCGCAGCUGGUCAAGUACGUCACGGAGAACAACGGCAAGUCGCUCCUCGCCGUUAACAAGUGGACCUGCCUCGACAACUUCACGGCCGGGGACCCGCCGUGCGGGCGGAUGCUCAUCGACGAGCGCGGCACGUCGACGGGGCGGCUCAGCGGCCACAUCGAGAGGUGCCACCCGGAGCAGUACAAGAUGAUGCUCCGCUCCGGCGAGACCAAGGCCGGCGGCAAGACCAUCGUGUCGGCCGACGGCUCCCUGAUCACGCGCCUCAAGUUCGAGGACGCGUUCAACUACCACGUCGACUGGAUCAUCGACGGCGAGCUCGACGAGGCGGCGGUCGAGGAGACGGCGUCCAUCGUGUCUUCCGACGACGAGGAUUCGUCGUCUUCGGACGACGACGACGACGAGCGGCCGAAGCUGUCGAAGAAGAAGGCCAUGGACGAGGCCAAGCUCAUGAAGCGCACGCCGACGCCGGCGCAGUGGAACCUGGCGCGCCAGAUGCUCCCGGUGUUGCUCAAGGUCAAGGAGUUCAACAAACUCGUCCAGUACAGCACGGUGCCGACGACGGACCGCACGCUGCCCAUGGCGCGCCAGCUGCUGCGCUCCCUCGAGAAGAAGUCCUGGUCCGUGCACAUCGAGUCCAAGGAUCUGCUCCCGGAGGUCCGCGAGGCGAUCUCGAUCAUGAUCAGCCAGGUGAAGGAGCGCUUCUUCGCCCCGGGCAUGGUCACGGACCGCGACAUGAUCGCGCUCCACAUGAACCCGCUCGUCAAGGUCGCCGACGUGUUCGGCGGCGGCUCCGCCGGCGACGCCGCCUCCAAGGCGGCCACGCAGCUCUACUCCGCGUUGUACUUCGAGACGUCCGCGCGCAUCGGCCGUCAGGCGGGCGAGAAGACGAAGCUCUCCGAGGUCGAGAGCAACCGCACGAAGCGCAGCAAAGGCGAGAAGUCGCUCCUGGACCAGGCCUUCGACGAUCUGGACGGCAGCAGCGACGACGACGCGUCCAUGGACGUCGACGCCUGCGAGAUGACGUGGCUCGACGAGCUCCGGUCGACGCCCAAGAAGGAGAGGAAGGACCGCUUCGAGUUCAAGGCCGGGCUCGACGGCGAGAAGCACUUCAGCGCGCUCCAGUUCUACAGCAAGCUCCGCAUGCGCGCGCCGGUCCACGCGGCCAUGGCGCAGCAGAUCUUCGCCGACGAGGCGACGGAGGCCGUGUCGGAGCGGUCGUUCUCGAUCCACAGCCUCUACACGAGCAAGCUGCGCAAGGCGCUCCAGGGCAAGGUCAUCGCGCCCAUGCUGCGCUGCAAGGCCAACCACGACCUCUUCUUCGAGGAGAUCAAGGCGAAGAUCUACGAGCGCUACUUCCGCAAGUACCGCAACAACGUCGACGCCUUCCCCGACUGCGUGCCCGGCUCCAAGGACGACGCCGACGACGACGCGGGGCCCGUGGGCAGGCCCGUGGGCGCGGCCGUCGGGUCCGCCGUCGGGUCGCCCGUCGGCGCGGCCGACGGGUCGGCCGUCGGCACGGCCGUGGGCCCGGCCGACGGGUCGGCUGUGGGCCUGGCCGUGGGCAGGCAAGCGUUGCACUACAACUACGCGCGGGCCGUGUCGCUGCUCCUCGCCGCGGGCGCGGCGCACGCCUUCGUCGUGGGCUAUCCGCCGCGCCUGCGCCACGCGCUCACGUACUGCCGGCGCGCGGACAUCGCCGAGAUGCUCCUCGACGCGGGCGCGGACAUCGAGCUCCGGGACGGCGGCUACACCCCUCUGGAGGUCUGCCUCUUCCUCGACAGACCGGCCAUUGCGCGCGUGCUCCUGAGCCGCGGCGCGGACGUCGACGCCGUCGACCUCGCGCGGCCGCGGUCGAUGCCAAUGCGGUGCUACCGGCUGCUCCGCGCCAUGCGCGCGGCCGGCAGCUGGCGGGCGUACGUCGACCUGCCCCGCCAGGAGCUCCUCGGCUUCCGCCGGCGCCUCCUGGCCUUCCGCCGCCUCCUGUUCCGCCGCGCGUUCCCGCCGACCCCCUCCCUGCACGAGCGCCUCUUCUUCGAGGUGCCCGAGGAUGUCUUCCGCCACGUCUUCACCUUCUGGCGCGGCCCCCGCGACCUCCGCUAG